AUGAAUUAAUAGUAUUUAAGGAACAAAUUUAAGAUCAGAAAGUCUGUUGAUACUCCUCUUAUUCCAAAGAUAGUAUCCAUGAAAAACGAGUAAUCAUCGUUAAACGAAACCAAUCGAAAACGCUACAUUAAAGCAUUUAGUCCUCAACGUUAUCAUUUGCCGCAGAUUGUUAACCAUUAGUUGGAUACCAUUACACCAUUACGACAAAGAGGGAAAUCUGAAAGCAUUAGAGAACAUUCUUAAGGAUUCUUGGGGCCAAUUGAUUUUGCUCGGUUGCUACAGCCUGAUCAACAAUAGAGAUAGGAAUUUUGUUAUUUAAAUAAUUAGGGUAAUCCAUAUGAGUGGAGAGUGGUCAAUUAUGAAAACAGAAGGUCGGAAUAGUAUAUGACGAUCAGUGGAGGAGGGAUUAUAAUCCAUCAUAGUAAUUUUGAGGAGUUUGUGUCUAUCUAGUAAUUUGAAAAAGAUCGAAAAUUAUUUUAUAGAUUACAAAAAAUUGAGUUCUUUAGAAAUUAUCUUAAAUAAAAGACAUUUGCCAGGUGGAAGAAGCUAAGCAUCAAGAAUAAAGCUCAAUCAAUUUCUAAGGAUCUGACUGCAUGUUUCUUGUUAUUAGACCCAUCUCUCAAGCGCCCAAUAGAGGAAAUUCAUAAACACACUCAAACGAUCAAGAGUUUAGUAUUUUUUAUCCCUAGUUAAAUGAGUCCGGCAAAUAAAAUGAAGUUCAUCCAAAAAUUGUAAAGAUGUUUAACUGACUUCCAAAAGGAAUUAGUUUAGAUCAUUAAUUUAAUACUUAACAUAGUGGUUGAAGCAUGCCAACACUCUUUUAAUCUUUUUAGAGGGGAUCAAUAAUACAAGUAAAAUAUGGAAUUGAUACGCAAUUCUCAAAUGGAACAAAAGUCCUUGAUAAUUGGUGUAUUAAUGCUCUACUUAUACAUAGGACAAUUCUACUCAAUAAAUGCAAUUCACGAUUGAAUCAAAUCUACGAUAAUUUCAGUAGAAACUAAUCAAAUUUACAAGAAUGGUCGAUUACAUUCAAUUCGAGAGUAUGAUCGCAUUGAUGUACAAUUCCAUAGUGAAUUUCUUGAAAGCUGUGAAGAAGGCCAAUAAGCAUCUUAAAGUUGGGUAAUUGUCACUCUUAUUCUAUAGAACAACCUAGUUCAGUUGGAUAGUCGUGGACAUUCAUUUGAAGGAGAGUAACAUAGUGUUUGAACCAUCACUCUAAGGCAUGUAGGAUAUCUUUGUUGAGACUAUUGAACAAGCUAUUGAAAUUAUUGAAUAAAGCAUUUAAUCAACGUGUAAACAGUAGGAACUAUAGAACUAUGGAGUUUGUUCGAGCACAACCGAUCUAAGAUAAGAUUUGAGAGAGUAUGGAAGACAAAAUUUAAAGUUAUAUGAUUAUGUAAAGGAACUUGGGUAAGAACUAGAAUUUAGUUACAAAUAAAUAGGGAAUUAUAUGGUUAAGAUAUAGAACUUAUUGGAUAAAUUCGCAAAGAGUUAAGAUCAAUCGUUGAAUGCAGAUGUGCUCAAGCUCCAAUUCCAAUUGAUCUCGGAAAUGCAAUCUGAAGUAGAGGCUAUAGAAACCAUUGUGGAUAUUGGAUUUUUGAGAUUGAACAUCAAACUGUUUAAAUAGCAGAUGCAGGCCUACUUCAAGAAUAGGAUUUAGGUGAUAAAUGAGAAGGUGGAUUUGGAACUUAGUGGGAGAUGCAAAAUAAUUUAAGAAACAAUCUAGGAUUGGUUGGAGAAGUUGAAAUUGAAGCCAAUGACUUUGAAACAAUAUGUCACGCAUUAAGAGAAUUAUUAGUUGAUUAAAUCCAAUUAUGAAGCCAUUGAUCAAUAAAUAGAGGAGUUACAUACUUAUAACAAAAUAUAUAUUAAUGAGUAAUAAACUAUCCCUAUUAAGGAAGUUUGGGAUAAGAUUGUUAUUUAACAUUAAUAAUUUUAACAUAAGUUUUAUGAUUUACAAAGUCAUUAUGGAUUGGAGUAACAUAAGUUUGAGAAGGAGUUCAGAAGACUGACUCCUUUUUUUCAUCAGAGGGUGUUAUAGUUUUGUGAGUAAUUUGAGAACAGCAAAGACAUCAAUGACAUUAACUCGAUUUCUUAAUUGUAAGGCGAAUUGAUUUCUUUAGAAUUGGAAUAUGAGGAUUUGAGACAGUAUUCAGACUCUUUACAAAUAGAAUAAUAUUACAAUGAGUAGUUACAUGAGAUAAAAAGCAAAUAUGUCUAAUUUAAGUAAUUGUAACUAGAAAUACGUAAGAUCAACAACUUGCAGUAGGAGUGGAUGAGAGAACACUUUAAGGAUCUGAAUUUGUCUCUCAUUAAGACGACUUAUUAGAAUCUGUUGCAUUAGAUUGAAGAUUGUAAGAUAUUUGGACAGGGCUAAUUAUUGCAGAUAAAGACAUAAUUGAUAGAUGAAUUAAAACUAUUCAAUGUGAUAGAAAUCAUUUUGUAGAUCAAAGAUUAUGAUUAGAAUAUCGUAGCUUAAGUGUGCAAGAAGGACAAGUAGUAGGAUAAAACCUUAUUGUAAUUAAUUAUGUAAAUUUGUAACAAUCCCUCGCACCCUAUAUUCACUACUCUAUAUUUGUAGCAGUUGGACAUUACUGAUCAAUAGGAUAAUUUGCAGUAACUGUUAAUUGUUAUUUAAUAUGAAAAUCAAACGAUAAACUCACUGAUUAAAUUAGAAGAGUUUUGGAAGAGUCAGAAACUGAUAGUUCAAAAAGUCAAAGGAACUAAAGAUCAGUUUACCAUCACUAAUUUAAGUGAAUUGAAUGAUCUAUUGAAUGAGAACAUUCUGAAUAUCAACACUAUUUUGGGUCAACCUAAUAUUGAUGAUCUGAGAAUUAGAAUCGAUUUACAACUUAAGAACAUAUUUUACUUGUAGGAAUACAUAAAUCAGUUGAUUCACUUACAAGAUACACAAUAGUAUUUAAUGAAUGUGUUAUCAACCCAAAUCUAUCAGAAGAAUUAGAGUAAGGAAAUAAAGAUGUAUGCACUCUAAGAUAAGCAGUGGAAAUAAUUGAUACGAUUUAUUUAAUAACAAAAAAAUUUAGAGAUAUGGAUUAAAGAUGAGAACGAGAAGAAGUUCUUGAAAGAGAUUCAACAAGAUAAUUACAAUUGCAAGACUAUCAUUCAAUCAUUGAAUGAGUAAUUUGAUAGGAAGAAGCAUGUAUUCCCAAGAUUCAAUUUUCUCACGAAUUCUCAAUUUACCAAAAUUGUCUCUGAAGUCAAACAUCCAGCAGCUAUGUAGCAAUAUCUUAGUUUAUUUUUUCAUAAUAUCCAUCAAUUUGAUUAUGAUCAUAAUAAGGACUGCAUCAAAUCCUUAUAUUCUAAGGAAAAUGAUUAAAUCACCGUUAAGUAUUGUCCAAUCAAAGGAGAGAUUGAGGAAUGGCUCAAAACUGUUGAGGAAGGUAUGACCUAGGGAUUGAGACAGCUUGUAAAGAAUGCUCUAAGGCAGGGUGAAAACUAUAAGCAUAUUGUAGAAUAUCCCAUUUAGAUUAUUUAUAUAUGUAUGACGAUUACCUAUACGAUGAUGUUGGAUGAUAUACUAUAAAAUGAUGAAAAGGAUUGGGAUGGGUUUUUGGAAUUUAAACAUUAUGAAAUUCAAGAAUAAAUCAAACAACUACAUACAGUGAAAUAGUCUGUUAAACAACAAGUAAGAUAGAUUGCAAUCAUCACGAUAUUGAAUAAUCAACUACAUCUAAUAUAGGAGAUUAAUUUAUUUAAACCUAAUAGUGAUAAAGAUUACUUCUAUGUUAAGUAACUUAAAUAUUAUUACGAUGAUGAAAAUAUCAAUGUUAGUUUUUUGAAUAAUAAAAUCCAAUAUUAAUUUGAGUUUUUUGGUGAUCAAUUUAAUUAUCAUUCAUGGAAAUAAUCUGAAUAAUCAAUUUUGCUUAUAAAUCAGGCAUUCUAAAUUAAUAAAUUACCUCAUUUAAUCGGGGACAACAGUAAGUAUUAUAUUAUUACUCAAUUUUCUCAAAUGUUGGGUCGCUAUUACAAACAAAUGUAAAUUACAAGUCCAGAUUAUGAUUUCUAAUACGUAUUGCAAUGCAUAUUCGGAUCUAUACAAUCGAAUUCAUUGUUCUUUAUCUCAGGAUACCAAUAUAUACAAUAAUAAGAUAGAUUGAACUUGUAAACAAUAUUAAAUCAAAUCUCCAGUGCUUUACUGUAAUAACUAUCGAUAUAGGAUUUAGAUGGGAGACAAUUGAAAUUAUAGAAUAAGCAUUUUCUAGCUCUAAUAUCUGAUUUUCAUUUUCCCAUCUUAUCGUUUAAGAAUAUUCAUGUCUAUUAACCAGAUACCAUGAUCUUAUGGCAAGCACUUAUUCAGAUGAUUUACAAUAAAGAAAUAGCCGAGAUAUUGUUGAAAUUAAUGUAAACAUUAUCUAAUGUCUUCGGCGCAGAUUUGUUUAAUUUUGCCAGGUUCAAUACAUUCAAUUAAGUAGUUAAAACAUUGAAACCCAUUAAAUUUAAUGAUCUAUUCGAAGUAUUGUAAUAUUAGAUGAAUGAUGAAGAUAGGCUGUUAUUUAAUUAAAUAGUGAAUGAAUACUUUCCAAAUAGAGAGGAAAAUCGAUAUCAAAUGGAACAAUUGAAUUCUUUAUUAAAUGAAAACAAUCUUAUUUUAGUUUAUGGUAAUCCGAACAAUGGAAAGAGCAAAUUGAUUUAGGAGUUAUUUCAAUUUAAACUUUAAUCAGCGAAUACAAACUAAACAUAAAAUCCUCUUCUGUAAUCGGUUAAGUAAAACAAUAUUCUCUAUCUUGAACUUGAUGCUUAUGACGAUGAGGACUUGUUUAUGAUUCUGUAAAAUUGUUAAGAGUUCACUUUUUAUCAUUUCAUUAUCAAUUAUAAACAGAAGCAGGUUUAUUUCCAAUAGGACAACUUUGUAUUCUUCAAUAGUUUAAUUUAUUCAAAUAGAUCUGCAAUCUUUGAAAGUAAUGAUCUAUCGACUUAGGAUCCUCAAUUUUUGUCCAAUUUUACUCUAUUUUAUUAUAAUAACAGUAUUUCCAAUCAGCAAUUUCUCGUUUAAGAAUUGAAGUACAUGAAAAAUUUGGAGUUGCAAACUUAAUUGGCUCGUAAUUUGAUUAAUUAAAUAGAGUAAUAUUAGCAUUAAUUAUCAAACUUUCCGUAUUCAUUUUAAUAUGUAUUGAGAUGUUCUGCAAGGAUACUGAGUAUUUAUUAUGACGAAUAGUAGUACAGUAAGUUCACCUAAUUGGAUGUAGAUAAUAUUAGCACAUAUGCUAUAUAUAUACUAUUCUGUUUAAUUUUGGACCAAGAAAAUAGAUCUCGUGUUAUAGAUCAGAUUUUAAUGGUCAUUUAAGAAAGAAAGUUGGAUUAACUUUUCAAUCAAAUGUCAUCCUAUAAUAACACAAUUUUGCAAUUCUAUUUUAAUCAGCAAGAACUAUACGCCAUCCAAAAAUUGCAGAGUCAUAUACUAUUCUAUGGGGACAUAUCUUGUAAUAAGAGCAUUUUUGCUAGGUUGAAGUCAUAAAGUAGCUUAUACUUUAGUCAUCUAACCAAAUCAAUCGAGUUUUAGGAGUUCAUUGAUAAAAAGCUGAUGACGUAUAGAAAGGAUAAAUAAUUGUGCUCAUCUCCGCCCUUUGGUUAAAUUAAACACUUUAUAGUGGAAGAUAUCAACUUAUCAAAUUAAUGUCGCAUAUAUAUUAAGUAAUUGAACGAAUGCAAUUACAUGUUUGAUAAGAAGAAUAAUUGUUAAAUGAAAUAAGUUAGUAAUAUUUAUUUGCUGGGUACUUCGUAGGAGAAAGUUAUUUAAAAAUACAACCAAUUCAAGCAUUUCAUUUUCAUUAACACUAAUAGAUAUCCAUUGAUUUAAGGUAUAUACACAGAGAUAAUAAUGAGUAGGGCCAAAUAUUAAAUCAAGUAGUAUUUAGAGUUAGGUUAUAUAAAUGAUGGAAUAUUGAAAUUGUAAAACAGGUUCAAAUAAAAGUGGAAUAAACAAUGGUGUUAUCAAUAUCUAUUUGAUAACAACACCAUUUGGAAUAGGAUUAUAAAUCCUUUGAUUGUUCUCAACGAUCCUCAAUAGUUGGUGAAUCAAUUCUAUCAGAAUGUCAUGAGAGUUGUAGGUGGGAUGAUGGAUAUUGUAGAUUUACAAAACUUGGAUAAUUUUGUGAGGGAAUUAAAUUUUGGGGAUUAUAAAAUAGAGAUUCCAGAUUCAUAAACAGAGUAGACUUAUGAUGAAAUUAAAAGGAGGAAUAUUCAAAAUCUAUUUUUACAUGAAAGUCAUCUAUAGAAAAUAGUAUGUAUAAUGAGGGGUUGGCAAUACGAUCAACAUGUUGUAAUUCAAGGUAGAAUUGGUAGUGGCAGGAACUCCUUCAUCAGAUUAGCUUAAUUUAUCAUGUAAUAUUAACAGAAUUACAAUGAUUUGGGUCUAGAAAUUCUCCUAUUGAAUUGGGAUUAGCAGAGCCAUAUCAUUUACAUUACUAAUAUUUAAGAAGAUGUGCACCAAUUCAUCAGUUAUCCGAUUUAAUAUUGUAACAACUUAUAUUUAUUGAGAAUUGAUUCCAUAUCAUAGUUACAUAUUUGCAUAUUGAUUGAAAAUUUGAUGGAAUUAGACUAGUAUAGGAGAGUACUCUAUAAAUGUUAGAUUAUCAGUUUGUUUGAUUGGCCUCAGACCUUUUAAUAGGAGGUGGCAUCUUAAAUUCUGAAUGAUGGAUCCAUUGAUACUAACCUAUUUUGUUACGUCUUCGAAUAAUCAUAGGGUUACAUUCAGCAAUUUAUCGAUCACCUCUAAUUAUUCCAAAAAUAGUAUUAGCAAUCUAAGUCUGAGAAUUAGAGAUUAAUAAUUAUCUAUUAGAAAAUUCUUAUUAAAAUUUAAGAGGCCAACAAUGAAUUCUCGAUAAUAGAAGCAUAGAACAAUGCAUUAAAUUAAGAACAUUAAUUGAUCACUAAUUAAAUAAAAAUCAUAAGCGAUGAGGUAUCUUAAUAUAAAAUGGAAUUGGGAGAAAUCAAUCAAUAAAUCCAUAAUUUGAAUGAGAAUAUUAAUAAAGGAGAGCAGAGAAUUCAUAAACAAUAAUAACAAUUAAAUUAACAAAUCCAGUACUAUAACAAAUAGAGACUGUAAUACUUCCACAUAAUUUAAGAAUUCCCUUUCUUGUAACCAUUAUAAAUGGAAUUGAUACACUUGGUUGAUGUGCCUUAAUUGGAACAACAUUAGAUUGAACAAAUUAUAUUGGAAUAUCCACAAUCUUCUUAAUAAGUCUAAACUAUUUAUUAGAUUGCAAUCAACAUAUGUAAGUAUCAGCAAACCUUGAUUCAGUUAAGAAACAACCUACACAAUGAUAAGGUAGCAGUUGAGGAAAUGAGAAACAAACAAGAAUUGCGAAUUGGGAUGAUAUAAUAAUCGGAACAAUAAAUCAAUGCCUAUUAAUCGAAAUUACAGAUUUUAACAGAAGAAUUGGAGAAAAUUUCCAAGAUUUUUGAGGCGGCAAGAAAAUGUCUGCAAUAUUUGAAUUCUUAUUAGGUUUAAUGGCAAUAGAAUAUUUUUAAGUUAUAAUCACAGUAACUCCAAUUGAUGGAUAUCAAUUUUGUACAAAGUGUAAGUUAAAGUUACAAUUAGCAAAUAAAUUAGUAGAUCAUUGAUAAUUUAAACUUACAAUAUAAAUUAGAUUAUGAGGAUAUGCAAUUGCUAUUGAAUUUGAAAUUUUAGAAUCAAAAGAAUAUUUUAUUGAUCAUCGAUCCUGAAAAUCUCUCUCAAGAAUACCUUCAAUAAUAUUAUCCAACAGCAUGGGUGAGUACUUUCAGUAGAAAUAAUAUUAAUGAAAUCAAAUGUAAUUAAAAAACUAAAUAAUGCUUUAUCAUAAAGGAUGUAAUAAUAGAUGAGUUAUUAAAAUGUUAAUAAUGGAGAUCAUACAUUUUGUAGUGUCAAUAACAAUAAGAAACUAAAAUAUAUUUGAUUACUUAUUAAAUAAAAAAAGAGACCCGAGCUUAAUCUUUACUCAGAACUAUUUAAUUUAAGAAAUAAGGCAGGGAGAUUGAGUCGUAUGUUCUACUGAAUAUACUUCAAAAGGAUAACCCUGAUACCUUUGAUAAAUUAAUAUCGUAAUAUGAUGAAGAGAAUCUAUCCUUGAUAAAUUUGGGGUCUCUCUUAAACGAUGAUCGUCCAAUAAUGGACUCCCACUAUGAACAACAAUUGAGUCUAGUGAUAUCCUCUUAGUUUAAUAGUCUAAUUAAUUUGGAUAUUAUUGCCUAGAUCCAGAUAUUUAUUGAUCAAUAAGAGCAAUAGAAGUAACAUAAUAGGCAAUUCAACUUCUAAAUCUAUCAACCUUUGAUGAUGAGAUUCCUAUUAAUUUAUAAAUGUCUACAACAGACUUAUGUUUUUGAUCGCCGUUAUUACAUCACAACGCAGCAACUGAUGAACAAGUUAAUUUAAGUGAUGGAUUAAAUAAAAGUGGACAAUACUGAACGAUAUGGGCUAGUAAGUAAUCAAUUCACAUUGCAAACAAUAAAAUUGAUAGAUACCCAAUUCAGAAUAGAACAUCAUUUGAUAGCUAAGUUCAUCUUAUUUACUUAAAUAGAUAUAAAAGAUAAUGUUAUCUCUGAAGAAUAAUACUAGUAUGUUAUAGGUUAGAAAUUACAGAAGGAUUUGAGUAAAUACCCAAAAAUCUUAAAUGUUUCAUUCGUCAGACAAGUGCAGUUAGAGGAAAUCAGAUACAUUAUGAGUUUGUCACCAUCAUUUAGCGAUUUGCAAAAUUAUAUCUAAAGGUGUCCUAAAGACUGGUAAAAAUGGAUGGAUGACACAAUGCCUAUGCCGAGUGAAUACGAAGAGUAGUUGCAAAUAUUCGAAAAGCUUAUCUUAAUCAAAGCUUUGAAACCAAAACUCUUUAGAAGAUUCCUAAAUGAAUACAUUAAGGAUAGAGAGGCAAGACACUCCUCAUAAAUUCCAGCGAACUAUAAUUAUUAGACGAGUGAAAAACAAAUCAUAUAUGUAUAAAAAUAAUUAAACAAAUUGGUUGAAGACAUUAGCAUACCCAUUUACAAAGGAUAGCAAGAACUAAAUCAGCAGUAUUUAUUUACUAAUCUCUAUGAAUAUCCUUUGGAAUUGCAAGAACAAAUAAUACAGAGUAAAUACUCACACUGUAUUAUUGAAAAUUUCGAUGAAGACAUUUUACUUGAUAAGACUUUGGUGAAUUGCUAGAAGUCAUUUCUUUAAUAUAAUGAAUAAAUACGAUAGAAUAUCAAAUAAUACAUUCCCAAAGCUGAUGGAAAAACAAGCGACAUGAAAAAGUUCACUUACAGUCUCUGUUUCAUGCACUUUUUCAUAAUUUAGAGGAAUCUUCUAUUGAAUUUAAGAACAGAUACUUAUACAUUGUAAGAUUUAAAUUUGAUCUUGAAGUAUAAUUUGCCAUACUACUUUAAUACAAACAUUAACAGCAUGUUUAGAGUUAUAACUGAUGGGAUAUACAAUGUUCCUCCUGAGGAUCUAUUGAUUAUUGAGAGUAUAAUUACUAAACAUUGUAACUAGUAAGUAAAUGAUGAAAAUUAUUAAUACCUACAUUUUCACACUCUUACAAUCGGCAAUGAUGCAUGGUUGGAUGAGAUGGUUAAGCGUAUUCCAGAUACUAAUGAUCCAUAUAGUAUUGGAUAUGGAUAUAACAAUUUUGCAAUUAGCAAUUACUAAAAUUAAUAGAUAAUUUAGUAGUUUUCAUUAUUAACCAAUAGUGCUGAGAGUGCUACAAAUAACCAAAUGAUCUAAGAGAUUAAAUUAGCUGAACCUCUCAGUUUGAUUAAAUUGGAGUAGAAAAUAACUAGAAAGUAUUCAUUUCAAAAGAACGACUCCAAACCUUUCUCUCAAUAUUAUAGAAAAACAGUCCUCAAUAUCACAAACAAAAAUAAGCAAAACAUCUAGUAUACUGAUGCGCUCGAUCAAUACAUUAAUAUUCAGAUCUCAAAGUAUAAUAUACUGAUACAAGUAUUGACUAAAUAUCUCAACAGAAAUUAAGAUAAUUUAUCAUUGUUCUGUCCGGAAGAACUUUAUUAAUAUUUGUGGUUCAAACCAAAAGCUAAAUUGAUCAUUCACGAUUUAGUAAAAAUGGUGAAUUACAAUAUGAAUCAAUUACAAAUAUUAAGAGAUUAAUAAAAUCGAAGAUAUUUUGAUUUGAGUUACCUUUUUAUUCCAUAAGCAUUAAUGGAAUACUUCAAAUUGCAAUUUAGUCGCAAGAAUGGUCUAAAUCCUUGGAAUCUUAAUAUUUAUACUGAUAUCUCAAAAUGUACAGAAAUGAGUCAAAUAUAACAGUUACUAUUGAAUGAUGGGUCUUACCUACUAGGGGGAUUAGAAUGCCAGAAUUGUCAAUGGAGUUUAGAAAAAAAUAAAUUAAUAGAAUGUGGCAAUUCACUCUCGACCUUUAUUCCAUUCAUCCUCAUUUCAACUUUGGAAGGUGAGCAACCCAAAAAUUUACAAAUUCCAGUGAUGGACAAUAAUCUAACAUUAAUGACUAUCGAUCUGUAAUCUGAUCUAGAUUAGGAUACUAUUAAUAUAAGGUAAGCCAGAAUAAUAAUAAAAUAAUGCAAAUGA